AUGUUUGUGUAUGCAGAAAAUUCUAAAACUAUGUGUACGACCCAAGUUGAUCCAAAUUAAUCAGUACGAAGUGUGGCCACCGAAAAGAAGAAGGCGAGGCAUGUUUUGAAAAUAUAAGUAAUGAUAAAUUUGAUUCAUUACAGUUAGUAGGAAAUAUUGACAUGUAAAAAUUCUCAACGGUCUCUCCGUGUUCCACUCUCUGUUUUCUUUAUUCCCUUCCUCUCUCUUAAUUGUCACCAUUUUUAGGGAAAAAUCCUUUCAUUUGAUCGAAAUCCCAAAGCCUUAGGGAAGAGAGGCCCUUCGAUUCGACCCUUUCCCUCUUCGAUUCCUUUCUUUGUCUUCCUUUGUUUCAAGAAUCGGUUACGGAAGGAAGCAAAGAAAGCGAGACAUGAACGAACUUCGCUUCUUUUCUUCUCGUUUCUCUUGCUUUUUGACGAGAGAACUCUGCUGAAACAUCGAGCGAGGUUUUCUAAUUCUUAACCAUGUUCAUCUCAACUGUUUGGGUUGAAGUACUACGGAUCUGGUUGUUAAACCACCUCAGAAUGACGCUUUACAUUGGUCGCGAGCCUUCAAAGAUAUGGAAGAGGUUUUGUGCGGAGACAAUUACAGAGAUCAUCAUUCUUCUAGACAAUUGGAAAUACAUUCUUGCCGGAGUCAUUUUUCAGUAUUUUCAUGGUCUAGCUGCUCGAGGAGUUCAUUAUCUGCACCGUCCGGGGCCAACGCUUCAGGAUCUUGGCUUCUUUCUUCUUCCCGAGCUUGGGCAAGAUAAAGCCUACAUCAGCGAGACAGUGUUCAGCUCCGUCUUUCUAUCAUUUUUCUUGUGUACUUUCCAUCCUUUUGUCUUCAAGGUCAAAAAGUUCUAUACAGUUCUAAUUUGGUGCAGGGUGCUAGCAUUUUUAGUUGCUUCUCAGACUCUCCGAAUCUUCUCAUUCUAUUCUACUCAGCUUCCAGGUCCUAAUUAUCAUUGUCGAACGGGUUCAAAGCUUGCCAGAUUGCCAGAACCGGAUGGUGUGCUAGAAGUCCUCUUAAUCAAUUUUCCUCAAGGUUUAAUAUAUGGUUGUGGUGACUUGAUUUUCUCAUCACACAUGAUCUUCACCCUGGUUUUCGUCAUCACCUACCAAAAAUACGGCACACGACGAUGUAUAAAGCAGUUUGGUUGGCUGGUAGCUAUAAUUCAGAGUUUCUUGAUCGUAGCAUCCCGCAAACAUUACACGGUCGACGUUGUCGUCGCAUGGUAUACUGUUAGUUUAGUGGUGUUCUUCAUAGACAAGAAAUUGACAGAACUACAUGACAGAAGUAACGGAAGUUCACCUCUUUUGCUACCGUUGAGCACCAGAGAUAAGGAUAACCGGAGCAAAGAAGAUGCCAAUGCAAAGCAGGUAGAAACUGCAAUGAAUAGUUUGUAGAUCGAUUGAAAGCACCGAUGUUAUCGCCAUAGUGUGGCCAUUUGUAACCUUAUGAUGUUGGAUUAAGGAGGCGUUAUGUUCUUCCGGGAAUGGUAAGAAUUUCAUUUGUAAA